UCAAAAAACUACUCCCCCUUUGCUAACUUCUUCACUUUCAAGCCAGUUUUCCUUGUAACAAAAACCCCGUGAACUCUUAAAUUACACUACUUUAAUUAUGAUAUUUAGGAAUAUUAGUAAAGGUUCCUGAUUGGAGUUUAAAUCCAUGCAAUUAUAGUCUUGGGAUCCGAGGAAGUAAAGCCAGAUCAUCUUUGGUGGAGACAGAGCAAUCUUAAAACACUAAAUCCCUGAAAAAAACCUCUCUAGAUGUUAUAGAUAUUCAUCUCGAUAUGGCCAAGACCGGACUUAAAACAUGUCCCAAAUUAUUGUUCAUGUUCAUUACGUUGUUGUUCUUGAAUUCUCACAUUUCUCAUGGUGCUGAACUUGAGAUUCUCUUGUCCUUCAAAUCUUCGAUCAACGACCCUUUUCACUUCCUUUUCAACUGGAAUUCCUCUUUUAGUGUUUGCGAGUGGCAUGGUAUCACUUGCAAAAACUCUUCUCAUGUCUAUAAAGUCGAGCUUCCUGCAAAAAAUAUUUCUGGAAAAAUUUCCUCAUCACUCUUUCAUUUGCCAUAUGUGGAAAGUAUCGAUCUCUCAAGCAAUCAGCUUUCUGGGGGAUUUCCCAGUGACAUAUUCUCUUCCUCUCCACUUCAGCACCUCAAUCUUAGUAACAACAACUUCACUGGUCCAGUUCCAGGCGGUUCAAUCUCGCGCCUUCAAAUAUUGGAUCUAUCCAACAACAUGCUUUCUGGGAAAAUUCCACCAGAGUUCGGAUUCUUUUCUGGUUUAAAAGUUCUUGAUCUUGGUGGAAAUGUUUUGGUGGGGAGAAUUCCAAUUUCAAUAAGGAAUAUCACUUCUCUGGAAUUCUUGACUUUGUCUUCAAACCAGUUAGUUGGGCCAAUCCCGCCGGAAUUAGGCCAACUGAGGAGCCUUAAAUGGAUUUACUUGGGAUAUAACAAUCUUUCCGGUGAAAUUCCAAAAGAAAUAGGUCAUUUAACUUCUUUGAAUCAUCUUGAUCUUGUUUACAACAAUCUCACAGGACAAAUACCUUCUUCCUUUGGAAAUCUCACCAAUCUUCAGUACCUGUUUCUCUACCAAAAUAAGUUAACCGGUUCAAUUCCUAUAUCCAUUUCUGGCCUCAAAAGUCUAGUUUCCCUUGAUCUCAGCGACAAUUAUUUGUCCGGUGAGAUCCCAGAACUCGUUGGUCAAUUGCAAAACUUGGAGAUCCUUCAUCUUUUCUCCAACAACUUCACCGGGAAAAUCCCAAAUGCUUUAGCUUCCUUACCACGUCUGCAAGUCCUUCAAUUGUGGUCAAACCAGUUGUCAGGUCCGAUUCCUAGCAAUCUUGGAAAACAUAAUAAUCUCACUAUACUUGACCUUUCAACCAAUUUUCUCACCGGAAAGAUACCUGAGACAAUUUGUAAUUCCGGUAAUCUUUUUAAGCUCAUCCUCUUUUCGAAUUCAUUGGAUGGUGAAAUCCCAGAAACUUUAAGUACUUGCAAAAGCUUGCGGCGAGUGCGUCUUCAAAAUAACAGUCUCUCCGGUCAAUUACCAUCGGAAUUCACCAGGCUGCCGCUCGUAUAUUUCUUGGAUAUUUCAGGAAACAAUCUCUCUGGAAGCAUCGGGGAGCGAAAAUGGGACAUGCCGUCGCUUGAAAUGUUGAAUUUGGCAGGAAACAAAUUCUCCGGAAACUUGCCCGGUUCAUUUGGCAGUGACAAGCUCGAGAACGUGGACUUAUCUGAAAAUGAAUUUUCAGGUACUAUUCCUCGGAGUUAUGGGAACUUAUCUGAGCUAAUGCAGUUGAAGCUUAGCAAAAACAAGCUGACCGGUGAAAUCCCUGAGGAAUUAUCUUCAUGCAAGAAGCUCGUGAGUCUAGACCUUAGCCACAACCAGCUCAGUGGCCAAAUCCCUGCCAGUUUAUCCGAUAUGUCAGUUCUCGGCCAGCUUGAUUUAUCGGAAAAUCAAUUGUGCGGAGAGAUUCCGCAAAAUCUAGGGAACGUAGAAUCACUUGUUCAAGUGAAUAUUUCUUACAACCAUCUUCAUGGUAGUCUACCGUCUACUGGAGCUUUUCUUGCUAUAAAUGCAAGUGCAGUUGCAGGAAACGAUCUUUGCGGCAGCGAUAGUCCAUCUGGUUUACCACCAUGCAAACGGAAUAAGAGUCCCACCUUGUGGUUUGUUGUUGCUUGCUUUCUUGUUGCCUUAGCGCUGCUUGCUCUUGCUGCUUUUGUUGUUGUGUUCAUUCGAGGAAAGAAAAUUUUGGAGCUAAAGCGAGUGGAAAGUGAAGAUGGGAUAUGCGAAAUGCAAUUCUUUAAUUCCAAGAUUGCCAAGUCAUUAACAAUAAAUGAGAUUAUAUCGUCCACCAAAGAAGAAAAUCUCAUUUCAAGAGGCCACAAAGGGAUUUCGUCAUACAAAUUUAGAUCCUCAGCAAGUGACAUGCAAUUCGUUGUGAAGAAACUCGUUGAUGUAAACUCAGUUACGUCAAGUUUUUGGUCGGAUAUCUCAGAAUUCGGGAAGCUUCGGCAUCCAAACAUCGUCAAGUUAAGUGGAAUAUGCCGAUCUGACAAGGCUGCCUACUUGGUUUAUGAGUACCUCGAAGGUAAAAACUUAAGUGAAAUUGUUCGAAAUUUAAGUUGGGAAAGGCGACAAAAAAUUGCCAUAGGAAUCUCAAAAGCACUACGGUUCUUGCAUUGUUAUUGUACCCCAAUUAUUGUGGUUGGUGAAGUGUCACCGGAGAAAGUGAUUGUCGACGGAAAAGACGAACCGCUCCUGAGGUUGAGUCUUCCCGGUCUAGAAUGUAAGGACAGAAAGAGCUUUAUCUCUUCCGGCUACGUUGGGCCAGAAACUAAAGAAACCAAACAAAUUACUGAAAAAGGUGAUAUCUAUGGGUUUGGUCUCAUCCUCAUUGAACUAUUGACGGGAAAAAGUCCUGCCGAUGCUGAGUUUGGCGUACACGAGAGCAUAGUAGAGUGGGCACGGUAUUGCUACUCAGAUUGUCAUCUAGACAUGUGGGUUGAUCCGAUGAUCAGAGAACACUUGUCAACAAAGCAGAAUGAAAUUGUUGAGACGAUGAAUUUAGCUCUUCAUUGCACCGCCGGCGACCCCACGGCUCGACCAUGUGCAAGUGAAGUAACCAAGACCCUAGAGUCUAGUUUCAGGAGAAGUCCCUGUGUCUCAAGCUUAAAAUUUUCUUCACCUAUUUAGUUUUGUAUUAUGAUUUUGUUUACCCUCUUUUUUUAUGUUUAUUUUAUUUUUAUUUUUUUAGUUUUGGUUUUUUUUUUUUUUUUUAAUAUAAUUGAGGUGUUAAAUGAUUGUCACUCAAAUGUUUUGUUUGAUGGUAUGCUGAGUACAUACUACUACUGAGUGUAAAAAUGUAGAUAAAUUAAAUGCCAUAGUAUGAA